AUGCCAUCAUGUGCUCAAACUUGUUUCAAUGGAGCCGUUGACCUUUCCGGAUGUGCAGCUGACGACAACUUGUGCCAAUGCGGACCCGCGAGUGAAACGACAAAUGUGCAAAAUUUCCUGACAACCUGCCUGGCGCAAUCAUGUACAUCAACUGAAAUAAGCGACUAUCAGACUUGGGCCAUCUCGACCUGUCUAGACGUUGCUCUGUCUGUCCUUUCAGCAUCAGUUUCGAGCAUGACCGCUUUCUACCCAGCUACCGCGACAGCAGGUGCCGGACUUACAACAUCGAGAAGGACUAAUCCAACAACCACCGUUACUACCCGUCCCUCAGCUGCGGCAAGCAGCAGUACGCCCAAGCCGAAGAGGGUCAGCAUUGGACUGAUUAUCGGCGUGGUCAUCGGCGCAAUAUUUGUACUUGGUUUCAUCUCCAUGGCUGUUAUAUUCUGUCUGUGGAGACACAGUAAAUCAAAAGCCAAAAAGCGAGUUCUAAAGCCGCAGCAGAGUCAGCAGAAUCACCAAGUACAGCCGUUGAUGGCGCCUUCGCAGACCCAAUUGCAGCCACAGUUUGCACAAUAUCAGGUUCCACAGUCGACUGAACAGAAAACUCCAGUACAGAUCAUAGCUCAACCUGUGCAUAUUCCGCAAAGCCCACCACAAGUGCCUAUAGUUCCACAUAACAAAUUCGAAACUCCUCCGAACAAUACAGUUGAAAUGGAGGGCGAAGGCCGCAAAAGCUUCGUUGAGAUUGGAGGCACAGAAACGGUGAUUAGGGGAGACGCCCAAAGACCUGCUGAGUUGGGGUCGGAUUGGAGCCGAGGAGGACAAAAUCAUCAUCCAUAA